AUGCCGAAAAGAACCUCAUCCAUCACUGUCGGAUCAUCCGACUCUCUGAAGUCCCCUCCAGCCUCUCCGCUCCCGACACCUGCUUUGGACUCUUCUGCCCUCAGAUACAGCUACGAAAUCGCGCGUGGGGAGACUGGAGUUCUGACCUUUGAGCCAUACAAAAGCCACAUCUUACCUUAUUGGGCAUUUCGCACAGUGCCAAUCGCUCGCAACUCGUCAGAAAUUCUCUCGUCCAUAUUCGGUUCAUAUAUAGAACGGAAGGACUUUGUUGGUGCGGACAUGACACGAAAGUUCAUUCAAAUGGGCAUGACGAGAGCGCGCAGAUACGCAAACCAUAAGGGAGGGCGAAAAUACGCCAAGGAUACAGGAGAACAGCUCGAAAAGUGGGCCGGCGGUAGCGAGGAAGACGCGAGAAAGAGGAGAGAGAAGGAGGAGGCAAGUGAGAUUUUCAAAGUGGCGUGGAAGAAGUGCAUUGAGAAUGAACAGUAUAAAAGGCUAAAGGAGGACUGGAUUAUGGAAAAGAAGGAAUACAACAAGACGAAGCAGGUGGCAAGUACUGAUGAGGCGCAUUGCGUCUCCUACAUGACCAACGAAGCCGACCAAUCAUUGCCUGUGAGGCAACACACCAUCUUCUGCAGGAUACGAGUAGCUUCCGCGACCGUUCACUCUGUACACUACCGCGUGUCGUUCGACCGACCGCCGCGAUUCGAUCCGCCCCGAGACACUGUGACGUGUUACUGGUGGAGUGCACAAAUGAAUAGGGUCGAUUUGGGUAUUGGUGUUGUGCAGAUCUCGCAUAUGCGCUGCGACCUCGCGACGCGCCUCAGGCAGAUUGCCUCUGCAGGUGUUCUUCGGAGCGCCGGCAUAUACACGAUUGGGCGGAUGAGAUGUUGGACUCAUCUGUCACAAGGCCGGGCGGAAUUGUCAGGCUUCGACGUGUAUGUCGACAAUUGCCAGUUGACAGCACCCGAUGUGCACGGAAGUAAGAUAAUCGACAUAGUCAAUUCCGAGCUGUCACCAGCCGGCUACUGGACCGUCACCAAUGACGACGGCGACCCUUUCGUAGGACUCCUCUCCGCGUACGACAAGUGA